GUAGCACUCGCUCUCCCACUCAGAUUUCAUCGAAGCCAAGUAACCUCCCCACCCCCCACCACGCACUCCACCACGCCCUCCUCUUCCUCCCAUGCCCACGGCCUCGAGAUCUUAGUAGCCAGCGCCGGAGAGCGGCGACGCGGCCCCCGAUCCCUCCUCGCCGCCGCCGCCGCCAUCCGACCGGGGGAGGAGAGGAGAGGAGAGGAGAGGAGAGGAGGGGAGCGAUGGAGGCGGCGGACUACUCCGGGAAGCUCUUCGUCGGCGGCAUCUCCUGGGAGACGGACGAGGAUCGCCUCCGCGAGUACUUCGCCCGGUUCGGGGAGGUCACCGAGGCCGUCAUCAUGCGGGACCGCAGCACCGGCCGCGCCCGUGGGUUCGGGUUCGUGGUCUUCGCCGACGCCGGGGUCGCCGAGCGGGUCACCAUGGACAAGCACAUGAUCGACGGGCGCAUGGUGGAGGCGAAGAAAGCUGUUCCCAGGGACGACCACAGUAUCGUGAGCAAGAGCAAUGGCAGCAGCAUCGGGUCACCUGGACCGGGCCGUACUAGAAAGAUAUUUGUUGGAGGUCUGCCCUCUAAUGUUACCGAGGCUGAGUUCAGAGGGUAUUUUGAGCAAUUCGGUGUGAUAACCGAUGUGGUUGUGAUGUACGACCACAACACGCAGAGGCCGAGGGGCUUUGGCUUCAUCACCUAUGAUUCAGAAGACGCAGUGGAUAAGGCUCUGCACAAGAGCUUCCAUGAGCUGAAUGGUAAAAUGGUUGAGGUCAAGAGGGCUGUUCCAAAGGAGCAGUCUCCUGGACCUGUCGCACGUUCACCUGUGGGAGGGCAGAACUAUGGUAUGAGCAGGGCUCAUAGCUUCCUCAAUGGCUUCAACCAUGGUUACAACCCGAACCCCGUAGGAGGUUAUGGCAUGAGGGUGGAUGGAAGGUUUGGUCUGCCUACUGGUGCACGAAAUGGGCUCACUUCAUUUGGCCCUGGUUAUGGAAUGGGCAUGAAUAUUGAAGGUGGGACAAGUGCAAAUUUUGGUGCAAACUCUGGUUUCAUCAAUAGCUCCAAUGGGCGGCAAAUAGGUUCGUACUACAAUGGUAGUUCAAACAGAUUAGCUAAUCCUGUUGGGUAUCUUGGUCUUACUGAUGAUUCAGGAUCAAUACUGAGCUCAAUGUCAAGGAAUGUCUGGGGUAAUGGGAAUUUAAACUACAUGAGCAACCCUACAAACAUGAAUGCUUUCGCUUCAACUGGAAUUGGGGGCCAAGGAAGUAUUACUGGUGACAGUAUUAAUUGGGGAGGUCUCACUUCUGCCCAUGCGAUGGGUAGCAUUUCAAGCCUUGGGUCAGGGAACCUUGGCCGUGGAACUGGAGAUAAUAACUUUGGUUUGCCUUCUGGCACCUAUGGGAGGACCAAUUCAACUGGUACAAUAGGCGAACUGUUUUCUGCACCAACCAAUACAUAUGAAGUGAACAACCCAGAUACAUAUGGUAGCAGCUCUAUUUAUGGUGACACAAACUGGAGGUUCACGUCAUCUGAAGUUCACACCCCUCCUUUUGGUCAUGAUCUUGGAAAUGUUGAUCCAGAUAUUAAAUCAGAUAUAUCAGCAAGUUACAUGGGCGGCUACAAUAAUCAGCCAAGCAGAGGCAUCACUUCCUAGGGAGAGUAUUAUUAUAUACACAUAUGACUGGGGAUAGAUGGAACACCCAUUCUAUUAGGCAUUCACGUGCAUGACUGUGAAUUGGUGAUUUCAGUUUAAUAUACAGGUCAGUUACUUGUUUCUAGCUAACCAGAGAGGUGUUUGUUUACGAGCACCAACGUGCUAGAGGAGCGGAUACAACAAACAUUUUGUGAAGGUUUCAGAUUUUAGUUCAAUUUCUACGUGUAUUAGGUCUUUUGAUUUUUUUUUUCAACGAGAUGUGCAGUGGUGAUCGCGGCACAUAUGUUUAGAGGUGUUCCAACAUAAGCUGGAAAUCUGUAUACGGAUGAAUAUGUAUACAAAAAGGAAUGCUGUAUUAUCUUGCCCAUUUAUGACUACAGUAGCUCCCGGUUGUUUUCAGUCUGUUUUUAAUCAUUCCAUUUGUACACUA